AUGAGUCAAGAGGAGCACUUGAAGUCUAUAUUGUCAGGGCCACUUAGUCCAAAACCUCCAGGAGCUAGUAGGAAUGCCUUUAAGCCUAUGUAUCAUCAUCUUCCCACAUAUAAUAAGCAAGGGAAUGAAAUUGAAGUGUAUCACAAGCUUAAUGCAAAGAACAUCACUGCUGAAAAGGACAACAUACGUAUUCCUUCAAAAUGGAAAUCCAAUAAAGAUAUUAUCCGGACUCAGAGUAAUCUUGCAAGAGUAAGAAAGCAAGACUGGAUCCCUGACCCUUCAUUCGAUCUAAAUGGAGAUGGAACUGUAUCUGCUCAUGAAUAUGCAAUUGCCAAAUUAUUCGACUUCGACUUUGACAACAAACUUAACGCUGAAGAGAAAGCAUACUGCCUGAAGAGGCUAAAGGAAGGCUUUGAAGAUGGAUUCUACUGGGAUGCUGAUCAAGGAACUCAGGAUAUCAAACAAUCUGAUCUUAAAACCAUCCUUCCUGACUCUUUACUCAAAAACAAUGAUGGUUCUAUAGAUGAGAAUAUCAAGAGUAAAACAAUCCCCUUCCUCAAACUUCAAAGAUCACUACAAAAAUAAAAAGGAAAAUACUGAAAUUUUUGAAAGAUUCCUUGAAAAAGAGGAGGAAAAGAAGAAGAUUGUUGAAGAAAUGUGAGAUAUCAAGCCAGUCUUUGCCAAAGGCAAAAAGAUCACUUAUACUGAGAUGAUGGAGAAUAGGAAGAACCAGCAUAGAACUAAGGCUGGUCUAGCAGAUAAGCCUAAUGAUGAAAAGAUUUAUAGGAAAGACCCUUCGAUGAAAUAUAUAAAAUCCCCACAUGUUAAAUCUCUAACUGAGCUCAAAGCAAAGCGGGUUACUGACAAAUGAGUUGACUAUAACUUCAAAUUUGCCAAAAAGAAAGAUAAUGAUGAAAUGUGGACUUUUAGUGUUCCUGGAAAACAGUCUGAAGGAGAUUUAUCAAAAUUGAAGAGAAGAAUGGCUUCACCUGAGCCUAUACCUAAAACAUUCAAGCUACAGACAGUCAAGGAUAAUAUCUCUAACAAGAUAAGUGAUAUGGUAGUGUUUCCUAAUUACAAAGACUCAAAGGACUUCAGACCAUGCAAGGAAAAACCUGAUAUUAAGUACAAGUGGUCAACUAUCGAGGACAGAUUUAGGUGAGGAUUUAAGAAUAGAAUGUAUGAUGAGUAUAAGAAAUCCCUUCCCUUAUCCACAGAUUACAUCCCGAUGUACUCUUCCUUCUCUAAGGACAAGAUCAUGAACAUGCCUGAUCUCCCUGGCAGUAAAAUGAUUCCAGUGGCAGAUACUAGCGGUGAGGCUGAUCCUAUCCUGACCAAGAAAUCUAUGGUAAUGGACACUUUGUACGGUGGCUCCCCAAUGAGACUUUUGUCCAAAACCUCUUUUUCAACAGCAGACUUACACGCCUCAAUUAAAAGUCCACGUGAUUCAAAAAUUUCUGCUGAAAGAGACAACAGUAGCUUAUCUCUACUUAAGAAGUGAGCUUUGCAGGGAAUCAGAGCAUCAAGCUUUAAGAAAAAUAAUUAA